AUGUGUGGUGUCCGUGGGAAAUCCUUUACUACUUCUGAUAGUCUUAAAUACCAUGCAACAAUUCAUAGUAGUGAAAGGUCACAUAGAUGUGGUGUCUGUGGGAAAUGCUAUGCUCAUCCUCGUGUGCUAAAACGUCAUGCAAUUCUUCAUGCAGGUGAAAGGUCACACAAAUGUGGUGUCUGUGGUAAAUGCUUUGCUCAUCCUAGUCAACUAAAAUAUCACGCAAUAACUCACACUGGUGAGGGAUCACAUAAAUGUCAUAUUUGUGGGAAAUCCUUUAUUUUUCCUAGUAAACUAAAAUAUCACACAAUAAUUCACACUGGUGAGAGAUCACAUAAAUGUCAGAUGUGUGGGAAAGCCUUUACUUAUCUCCGUAGUCUCAAUGUUCAUUCGGUAAUUCAUACUGGUGAAAGGCCACAUAAAUGUGAUAUUUGUGGGAAAUCCUUCACUAACUCUAGUAAUCUCAAACGCCACACAACAAUUCAUACUGGUGUAAGGUCACAUAAAAGUGAUGUCUCUGGGAAAUCGUAA